AUGCCACUAACCCAAUUAACUAUGCUUGUGCUCAUUUCUGUUUUGUUAGACAGAAGUAGCAACGAAAAGUUCAUGCGUUUAAUGAGCAUCUUUUAUUUUAACUUGAGAUGCAUUUCAAAAUGUACAGAAGCAAUUUUUGCCAUGCCUCACUUAAAUGUAAUUGAAAAAGAAAAAAAACACACAGAAACGACCAGAGCUUUGAACAAAGCGAAUCAAAAGGAAAACAACACGAUAGAAAAAAAAGAAUAA